AUGUUCUGGAAAGCCAAAUCAGCUUCGAUACCACUUCCGGCGGAUCCAUCGAUCAGACGAUCUCACCUCUCCCCAAACGAACUGGUGACGAGACCAGCAGGUGAUGAAGUGACGGUCGUAGGGGAUUUCUUCUCAUACUCUGCUGAGAAAUAUGGUAAUAAAGUAGCGUGUUACUAUAGGGAUGUGGUAGAUGUCGUUGAAGAGACAAAGAUAGUGCCUAAAUCGGAUGGUUCGGGAGAUGAGAAGAAGUCAUGGAAAUACUUCACCUUGUCACCACCCAAGCCCGUUACAUAUACCGAGCUGGAUUCCACUGUGACGGCGUUGGCUUCAGGCUUGAUCAACAUCGGCUUUACCAGUCUCUCUCAGCCUAUCGCUUUUAGACCCAGAGUAUCCAUAUAUGCUGAUACAUCUCUAAACUGGCAAUUGAUGUCACAGACAUUCGCAAGACUAGGUCACGUACUUACAACAGCUUAUACGACUUUGGGAGAAGAGGGCUUAUUGACUAGCUUGAAUGAACCGGAAGUAGAGCUCUGUUACUGUGGUGAAGGCCAGGUAGAAUUGAUAGGGGGAGUGAUAGAAAGAGCGGAGAGAGUCAAGUGGAUCGUAUACGAUGGAGAUGAAAAGAGGAUCAAGCAGGAAACGAUACAGAAGAUUAGAAAAGUGGUGGAAAGUAGAGGUGGGCGUAUAACUACUUACGCCGAGCUGAGGCAAUCUGGAAUCGACUCGCCCGUCACUGAGUUCGGCGACAAGCCGUCCGAAGAUGAUCUGUUCUGUAUCAUGUAUACUAGUGGAUCUACAGGAACACCUAAGGGUGUAUUGUUGACACAUAAGAACAUCGUAUCGUCCAUUGCUGGAUCGGUGUUGCUGUGGGGAAAGAACUUUACUCCCUCGGAUUUAUUAUUAGCUUAUCUGCCCUUGACUCAUAUCCUUGAGCAGUUUCUCGAGUUCACGUUCUACUUCCUUGGUAUACCAAUUGCUUAUGGAACAGUCAAAACACUUUUGAACGAUAAUGUCAGGAAUUGCGAUGGCGAUUUCAUCGCUUAUAAGCCGACCUUACUACCUGGUGUCCCUGCAGUCUACGAAAUGAUUCGUAAGGGCAUGGUCAAGAAGAUACAUGAUGCUGGGUCGGUGGUUGGGACGAUAUUCAAUCUGGCGGUAUCGGGAAAACAGACUCUACCCUGGCCUUUCUCCUCAGCCAUCGACAGAAUCCUGUUCGCGAAAGUCAAAGCGGCGACAGGAGGAAGACUGAGGUUGGCUAUAUCUGGAGGUGGGGCCUUGAGUUUGGAUACGCAGAAGUUCUUGUCUACGGUCUUGGUACAGCUCAUACAAGGCUACGGAUUGACUGAAACCUGCGGCAUGGCAACUAUCUGCACACCACAAUUCUCUCCCAUGGGCAGUGUAGGGGUCAUAGGUCCAUCUUGUGAGGUGAAGUUGCAAGAUUAUCCCGAUGCCGGCUACCUUUCAUCGAACAAACCUCCCCAAGGAGAAAUCAUGCUAAGAGGCCCCAAUGAUGAACUCAACAAACAGAGCUUCACGUCAGAAGGUUGGUAUAGAACAGGUGACAUAGGUCAGUGGAACAUCGAUGGCACUCUUAGUAUGAUUGAUCGAGUUAAGAAUCUCGUUAAACUUUCAAAUGGGGAAUAUCUGGCUUUGGAGAAGGUCGAGUCUAUCUACAAGCACUGUAAUUCGGUGAUGAUGCUGUGUAUAGUCGCACCUUCAUAUGCGGAUCGACCAGUUGCGCUGGUAUAUCCUCACGAAGGAAAUCUUCGGAACCGUCUCAAAGCCAAUGGGAUAGUGGACGAUGGCGGACCGAAGGAAUGGGCCUCGAACCUGACGAUCGUCAGUUACCUGCUCGGGGAAUUGCGAGACGAAGCCAAAAGAGGUGGAUUGAAGGGAGCCGAAUUGAUUAGGGAUGUGAUUAUGACCGAAGAAGAAUGGUCACCUGAGAAUGGUAUGCUCACGCCUGCGAUGAAAUUGGCUCGGAACAAAAUCAGUAAGAAGUACGAGAAAGAGAUCGAGAAAGCUUUGGGAAGGAGUUCCUAG